AUGCUGAAUCAUCCAUCAACAACUAUAUUUGCUGUGGCAAGUACUUGUGGCAGCGAUACGUGCAACUCAGUUACUUCUACGGCGGCACAACGCAGUUUACAAGUACAGUGUGAGACAAGUAAUGCAACGGGUUCUGGCAACAUUGGUAAUGUAUGCAGCAGUAACGAUACGGGUCAGUUGUGUCGUCAAAAUCAGACGACGCCUUGGUCUUUAAUGAAUGUUUUUCCACAACACAGCGCACAUGCAGCAACUACUUCACGUGGAACAUUCUUCAAUGAGCCAUCUAGCCUAGUGCAUAUGCGCUACGGUAGCGCUGGUGGAAAUGAAGAAGUUGGUAAGGACCAACAGAUGAACCCUACAUUAUACCAGCUUCAAAGUGAUCUGAGCAUAGUGAAAUUUGCUGUUGCUCUGGUAGUUGCUGACGAGCGCUAUUGUUCGUUGAGAUGA